AUGGCUUGGUUGACUGCCUAGACCCAGACUGCUGCCUCCAGUCUACUUGUCAAAACAGCCUGCUGUGCCGCGGCUCACGUGAUCCUCUUGACAUCAUCCAACAGAGUCAUUCUGGCUCACCAGCUGUGAAGUCAUUCUAUGAUCGAAUCAAGCUCUUAGUGGGGAAGGACAGCACUCAUAUCAUCCCAGGAGAAAAUCCCUUCAACAGCAGUCUUGUGUCUCUUAUAAGAGGCCAAGUGGUGACUACAGAUGGAACUCCUCUAGUUGGGGUCAACGUGUCAUUUGUCAAGUAUCCAAAGUAUGGCUAUACCAUCACUCGUCAGGAUGGCACAUUUGACUUGGUUGCAAACGGUGGAGCAUCCCUAACCUUGCACUUUGAACGGGCCCCAUUUCUGAGUCAGGAAAGGACAGUAUGGUUGCCUUGGAAUAGCUUCUAUGCCAUGGACACGCUUGUGAUGAAGACAGAGGAGAACUCCAUUCCCAGCUGUGAUCUAAGUGGUUUUGUCCGUCCUGAUCCAGUCAUCAUUUCAUCACCACUUUCAACUUUCUUCAGUGAUGCUCCUGGCCGGAAUCCUAUUGUACCAGAAACACAGGUUCUUCAUGAAGAAAUUGAGAUCCCUGGCUCUAGUAUAAAGCUCAGCUACCUGAGUUCCCGUACUGCUGGAUACAAAUCCUUACUUAAGAUCGCCAUGACCCAGUCACUUGUGCCGCUGAAUCUAAUCAAAGUUCAUUUGAUGGUAGCAGUAGAAGGGCAUCUGUUUCAAAAAUCAUUUCAGGCAUCUCCCAACUUGGCAUAUACAUUUAUCUGGGACAAAACAGAUGCAUAUGGUCAGAAGGUUUAUGGGUUGUCAGAUGCUGUAGUUUCUGUGGGUUUUGAAUAUGAGACUUGCCCCAGUCUCAUUUUGUGGGAGAAGAGGACAGCACUGCUUCAAGGAUUUGAACUAGAUCCUUCAAAUCUAGGAGGAUGGUCUUUGGAUAAACAUCAUGUACUUAACGUCAAGAGUGGUAUAUUGCACAAAGGCAAUGGGGAAAAUCAGUUUCUAACUCAGCAGCCGGCCGUGAUAACCAGCAUUAUGGGGAAUGGGCGUCGAAGAAGCAUAUCCUGUCCCAGCUGCAAUGGUCUGGCAGAAGGAAAUAAGCUUUUGGCCCCUGUGGCACUGGCAGUGGGUAUUGAUGGAAGUCUCUUUGUUGGGGAUUUUAACUAUAUUCGGCGUAUCUUCCCAUCCAGGAAUGUUACUAGUAUAUUGGAGCUGAGAAAUAAAGAGUUUAAACAUAGCAACAAUCCUGCUCAUAAAUACUAUCUGGCCGUGGACCCUGUUUCAGGCUCGCUGUACGUCUCAGACACCAAUAGUCGACGGAUAUACAAAGUCAAGUCCCUCACAGGCACAAAAGACCUAGCUGGUAACUCCGAAGUGGUAGCGGGGACUGGAGAGCAAUGCCUGCCUUUUGACGAAGCCAGAUGUGGGGAUGGAGGGAAGGCAGUGGACGCAACCCUAAUGAGCCCUCGAGGAAUUGCAGUGGAUAAGUACGGACUCAUGUACUUUGUUGAUGCCACUAUGAUUAGAAAAGUGGAUCAGAACGGAAUUAUAUCAACCCUGCUGGGCUCCAAUGACCUAACUGCUGUUCGACCUCUCAGCUGCGAUUCCAGCAUGGAUGUCACCCAGGUACGGCUGGAGUGGCCUACUGAUCUCGCUGUCAAUCCCAUGGACAACUCACUUUAUGUCCUAGAGAACAAUGUUAUUUUACGGAUCACAGAAAAUCAUCAAGUUAGCAUUAUUGCUGGACGCCCCAUGCACUGCCAGGUUCCUGGUAUAGACUACUCUCUUAGCAAACUGGCUAUUCAUUCUGCACUUGAAUCAGCCAGUGCCAUUGCCAUCUCACACACAGGAGUUCUUUACAUCAGUGAGACAGAUGAAAAAAAAAUUAAUCGGCUACGCCAGGUAACUACCAAUGGAGAAAUAUGCCUUCUUGCAGGGGCAGCUUCAGACUGUGAUUGCAAAAAUGAUGUCAACUGUAAUUGCUAUUCUGGGGAUGAUGGGUAUGCCACUGAUGCCAUCUUAAAUUCACCAUCUUCCUUAGCUGUGGCCCCAGACGGUACCAUCUACAUAGCUGAUCUUGGAAAUAUCCGCAUUAGGGCUGUCAGUAAAAACAGGCCCAUUCUUAAUUCUUUUAACCAAUAUGAAGCUGCAUCUCCAGGAGAACAGGAGCUGUAUGUCUUCAAUGCUGACGGGAUUCACCAGUACACUCUCAGCCUUGUUACCGGGGAGUACUUGUACAAUUUCACCUAUAGCAGCGAUAACGAUGUCACGGAGGUGAUGGACAACAAUGGCAACUCCUUGAAGGUCCGACGAGAUGCCAGUGGGAUGCCCCGCCAUUUACUGAUGCCGGAUAAUCAGAUUGUCACGCUGGCUGUUGGCACUAAUGGUGGACUCAAGCUAGUCUCAACACAGACCCUGGAGCUCGGAUUAAUGACAUAUAACGGAAACAGUGGUCUCUUAGCAACGAAGAGUGAUGAAACAGGAUGGACAACAUUUUAUGACUAUGAUCAUGAAGGGCGUCUGACCAAUGUAACACGUCCCACUGGAGUGGUAACUAGCCUUCAUCGAGAAAUGGAAAAGUCUAUUACCAUCGACAUUGAGAAUUCUAAUCGGGAUGACGAUGUCACGGUCAUCACAAAUCUCUCCUCUGUGGAGGCUUCCUAUACAGUUGUUCAAGAUCAAGUGAGGAACAGCUACCAGCUCUGUAAUAAUGGUACUUUGAGAGUGAUGUAUGCCAAUGGCAUGAGCAUUAGCUUUCACAGCGAGCCUCAUGUCCUGGCUGGGACUGUGACUCCCACCAUAGGACGAUGUAAUAUUUCUCUACCAAUGGAAAAUGGUUUAAACUCAAUUGAAUGGCGUCUGAGGAAGGAACAGAUUAAAGGCAAAGUGACUGUGUUUGGAAGAAAGCUCAGGGUGCACGGAAGGAAUUUACUGUCCAUUGAUUACGACCGGAACAUCCGCACAGAAAAAAUCUAUGAUGAUCACCGGAAAUUUACGCUGAGGAUCAUUUACGAUCAGCUAGGACGGCCUUUCCUCUGGCUACCCAGCAGCGGCCUGGCUGCUGUCAACGUGUCUUAUUUCUUCAACGGGCGCCUGGCUGGGCUUCAGCGCGGUGCCAUGAGUGAGAGAACAGACAUCGAUAAGCAAGGCAGGAUCGUAUCGCGCAUGUUUGCAGAUGGGAAAGUCUGGAGCUACACCUACCUAGAAAAAGUAGUUUCUCUCGUCUUUCACAGUCAACGACAGUACAUCUUCGAGUAUGAUUCUUCAGACCGUCUUCAUGCUGUUACCAUGCCUAGCGUUGCUCGGCACAGCAUGUCAACUCACACCUCUGUUGGCUACAUCAGAAAUAUUUAUAAUCCUCCUGAAAGUAAUGCAUCAGUGAUUUUUGAUUACAGUGAUGAUGGGAGGAUUUUGAAAACAGCAUUCUUAGGUACUGGCCGACAAGUCUUCUACAAGUAUGGAAAGCUAUCCAAACUAUCUGAAAUUGUUUAUGACAGCACUGCAGUUACUUUUGGAUAUGAUGAAACUACAGGUGUGCUAAAAAUGGUGAAUUUGCAAAGUGGAGGAUUUUCUUGUACAAUCCGCUAUCGUAAAAUUGGUCCUCUCGUUGACAAACAAAUCUAUAGAUUCUCUGAGGAAGGUAUGGUCAAUGCAAGGUUCGAUUAUACAUAUCAUGAUAAUAGUUUUCGCAUUGCAAGCAUCAAACCCAUAAUAAGUGAGACGCCUCUUCCAGUUGAUCUUUACCGUUACGAUGAGAUUUCUGGCAAAGUAGAACAUUUUGGCAAAUUCGGAGUUAUUUAUUAUGAUAUAAAUCAAAUUAUUACCACAGCAGUCAUGACGCUGAGUAAGCACUUUGAUACCCAUGGACGCAUUAAAGAAGUCCAAUAUGAAAUGUUCAGAUCCCUGAUGUACUGGAUGACUGUGCAAUACGACAGCAUGGGAAGGGUAACUAAGAGAGAACUGAAACUUGGUCCAUAUGCAAACACAACGAAGUAUACCUAUGAUUAUGAUGGAGAUGGGCAACUGCAAAGCGUAGCAGUAAAUGACAGGCCAACCUGGCGUUACAGUUAUGAUCUGAAUGGAAACCUUCAUCUCCUGAAUCCUGGAAACAGCGUCCGAUUGAUGCCUCUGCGCUAUGACCUAAGAGACAGGAUUACGCGCUUGGGUGACAUACCAUACAAAAUUGAUGAUGAUGGAUUCCUGUGUCAGCGAGGCUCAGAUAUAUUUGAGUACAACUCCAAAGGACUCCUAACAAGAGCUUACAACAAAGCAAAUGGGUGGAGCGUUCAAUACCGUUACGAUGGACUUGGCCGAAGGGCUUCUUGUAAGACUAACCUAGGGCAUCACCUACAGUACUUUUAUGCUGAUCUUCACAAUCCAACAAGGGUAACUCACGUCUACAAUCAUUCCAAUUCAGAAAUUACCUCUUUGUACUAUGAUCUGCAAGGCCACCUCUUCGCGAUGGAGAGUAGCAGCGGGGAAGAAUAUUACGUCGCCUCUGAUAACACAGGCACUCCAUUAGCCGUAUUCAGCAUCAACGGCCUCAUGAUCAAACAACUUCAGUACACAGCAUAUGGGGAGAUUUAUUACGACUCUAACCCUGAUUUUCAGCUGGUUAUUGGGUUCCAUGGAGGGCUGUAUGAUCCUUUAACCAAACUCGUCCAUUUUACCCAAAGGGACUAUGAUGUCCUAGCUGGACGCUGGACGUCUCCUGAUUACACCAUGUGGAAAAACAUCGGUAAAGAACCUGCUCCUUUCAAUCUGUACAUGUUCAAGAGUAACAACCCUCUCAGCAAUGAACUGGAUCUAAAGAAUUAUGUAACAGAUGUCAAAAGCUGGUUGGUGAUGUUUGGAUUUCAGCUUAGCAACAUUAUUCCUGGUUUCCCUAGAGCAAAAAUGUACUUUGUGUCACCGCCAUACGAGUUGUCUGAGAGUCAAGCGUGUGAAAAUGGACAGCUAAUUACAGGAGUUCAGCAGACGACAGAAAGACACAACCAAGCUUUCAUGGCUCUUGAGGGACAGGUCAUAUCUAAAAGAUUACAUGCCAGUAUUAGAGAAAAAGCAGGUCACUGGUUCGCAACAACCACUCCUAUCAUUGGGAAAGGAAUCAUGUUUGCUGUGAAGGAAGGCCGUGUAACCACUGGCAUUUCCAGCAUAGCCACAGACGAUAGCAGAAAGAUUGCCUCUGUCCUGAACAGUGCUCACUACCUGGAAAAAAUGCACUACAGCAUCGAGGGGAAGGACACCCAUUACUUCGUGAAGAUAGGCUCGGCCGACGGCGACCUUGUCACCCUCGCAAUGACCAGCGGGCGGAAGGUCCUGGAGAGCGGAGUCAACGUCACCGUCUCCCAGCCCACUCUCCUCGUCAACGGGAGGACUCGAAGGUUUACGAAUGUUGAGUUUCAGUAUUCCACCCUGCUGAUCAACAUCCGCUACGGACUGACCCCCGACACGCUGGACGAGGAAAAGGCGAGAGUGUUAGACCAGGCUCGGCAGCGAGCCCUGGGAUCAGCCUGGGCCAAAGAGCAGCAGAAGGCACGGGAUGGCCGAGAGGGCAGCCGCGUAUGGACAGACGGAGAGAAGCAGCAGCUUCUGAACACGGGAAGGGUUCAAGGUUACGAGGGAUAUUAUGUCCUGCCCGUGGAGCAGUACCCAGAGCUAGCAGACAGUAGCAGCAACAUCCAGUUUUUAAGACAGAAUGAAAUGGGAAAGAGGUAACAAAUUAACCUGCUGUCAUCCUUUGCUGGAUGAAUCAGUAGUCAUAACUGUUAUCUCCUCUCCUAAGGAGAUGAAGACCUAAAUGGGGGCACUAGGCUGAGCUACUUUGGGAUAGUAAGUGGCAAAAAAGCUCAUAUUUUUUGAGUUAAAUGCUACUGUUCAAGUGAUUAAAAACCACAUCCUGAAGUGGACUAAAGCCAGACUGAAAACUCUAACCAUACAAAUUAAAAAGUACCCCUGAAAUAUUACCCACUUGUUCUGGGUCUAAAGAAAAACAAAAAGAAGGCCUCGUAUUGUAUUACCUCACUCCAUUCACACGUGAGCAAACUAAGAAAUCCAAGUGGGCCACUUUCACUAACCAGCUGAUGAAACACAGAUGAUUCAGACUGCUUGUUUGAUAAAUAUCCAAGAGGUUUUCAUUUAAAGCAAAAUACAGGUGCAUUUAAAACAUGACUUUGGGGUGAUUUGUGUGUAGCAACUGGAGGACAAUGAGAAUGCAAGUGAGAGCGCACUGGAAAUAGUAAAGAAAAUUAUAUUUAAAAGUAACAAAACCACACUUGCACUCUGACCCUCCACUUGUCUGGCCUGAAGCUUAACUUAUUCAAAGAGGGCAGAGUGUAAAGUUACAUUCAAAAUGGUGGCUAUAAAUCACCACAAAUAAAUUUCAUACUCUGUUUGUCUUUGAAGAUUUCCAUUGUGGACAGUAUAACACAGUUACAGGGUGUAGUCUGUUUAGAUUCAGUAGUUUGUUGGUAUCAGUUCCAGUAGAGCUGUGGGCAUUGUGUUACACUAUUGCAAAUGGGCACCACGUCAGAUCACCCUGUACAUACAUCAGCCAGAAGGCACAAUCACUGUUUCAGAUUUAAAAAUUAUUAGUGUGUUUGUUUGGUCGAGAAACUGAGACAAUCACAUUACAGUCACCACAAGAAAAAAAAAAAAGAAAAAAAAAAGUCUAAUAAGAACUUUGGUACAAGAACUUUUUUGUAAUAUACAUGUAUGAAUUGUUCAUUGAGUUUUUAUAUUAAUUUUAAUUUGCUGCUAAGCAAAGACUAGAGACAGGCAAAGAUAAUUUAUGGCAAAGUGUUUAAAUUGUUUAUACAUAAAUAAAGUCUCUAAAACUCCUGUGAA